AAAUUCAUGACAUCCCCAUGCUAUGCUCAUAGAGAAAUUUCUUUUUCUCAUAUCCCCUAGUAUUGCUUCAAUAUAUUCCCAACCUUUCUCUUCCUAUUAUUCUCACCAUACUUCUCAAAAAUAAUUUAAUUAAUCACCAAAUUGUAACAACAAUCGGGUGAAUAUCAAGAGGGUGUUCUACUAAAUCAUCAAAUUCGUUCAAGAAAAGCCUAAUCAUGGAUUUACAUGACAUAACACAAUCCAUCAACAACAUUGAAAUGACUCAAUUGCUACCAAUCCACAACUCCGUCAUGUACAACUCAUCAUUUGAUUAUGAACCCGCCGUGCCAUCACCUCUUUUACCAUCAAUUCAUCGCGAACAAAGUUCAAUGGAAGCGAUGAGGGAGAUGAUUUUCCGUAUGGCGGUGAUGCAGCCUAUCCACAUUGAUCCGGAAUCAGUGAAACCGCCUAAGAGAAAGAACGUGAAGAUAUCGAAGGAUCCACAGAGCGUUGCAGCCAGGCAUCGGAGAGAGAAAAUAAGCGAGAGGAUUCGGAUUUUGCAAAGACUUGUUCCUGGUGGAACCAAAAUGGACACAGCUUCAAUGUUGGAUGAAGCUGUACAUUAUGUCAAGUUUCUUAAGAAGCAACUCAAAUCAUUAGAGCAAGCUGCUGCUAGUGCUAAUAAUAAUAAUAAUAAUAAUAAUAAUAAUAAUAAUAAUAAUAAUAAUAAUAAUAAUAAUAAUAAUAAUAAUAAUAAUAAUAAUAAUAAUAAUAAUAAUAAUUAUAGGUCAAUGGUUACUGGAUUUAACCAUUGGCCUGUGGAUUAUUAUUCAAGAUCAUUGAUGAGUUCAUCGAAUGUGCAAAUGCUAAGUUAGUUAGUGAAGUGAAAGAAAUGUAUCUAGGGUUAAUAAGCAAUCUAAAUCGUGUUUAUAUUCA